GGGUCCUCCCUGUAGUGUGUGUGUGUUUUGCGACGAGUUGAAAAUGGCGGCGUGAGCUAGAUCCUACAAACUUUAGCGGAUAAUAACAAGAAGAACAGCGAUUUAAAACCCCUUUUCACGUUUAAGAGAAAGGAGUCUAAGGAGAGCUUAAAACACGUUUUUACCGCGCUUCCCCGAGCGAUGUUUAGCGCAACACCCUGCAGUUCUUUUCGACUGAUAUGGUAGAAAGUUCUUCCAAAUUAUUGCAGCCGUUCAGUUUUAUAUAGCUAUAAAUCAAACUUCGACAUUUCGCGGUAUCGAGACGCUUAAAUAUUUCGUUAUUUGGUUUACGUGGGAUAAGGGAACUUUUAUCUGUAUUAAUCGGUAGAACCUCAGCCAUUAUACUGGACACGGGUUGCCGCUUACUAGCUAGCAGGUUCACUUAACAUAAUAUCAUCAAAUAAAAAUAUAUUUUAAAACUUAUUGCUUUCUGACCAGUUAGUCACGUACACACGUCAGAUUCCGUUCAUAGAUUUAGUAGCCCGCCAGCUAAGACAGAACGUAAGCUUUAGCUAGCUUAGCGGGCAAGGCUAAUAGCUGCAGCUAAGUGAGCAGGCUACCAGUAGUUGUUUGAUUGCACAUCCAUAUCGUUUUAUUCUCAUGCAAAAAUGUUGCCUUUUAGUGCCGGAUAGCUAGCCGACUAGCUGGUUACAGAUGGUUAGCGCAUUCGUUUUUGUGUCCUCAUUAAGACCGUCUUUGGUAAUAUAACCGCGCGCUGUGUUAUUACUGUUAGCUUUCCAGCUACGUUUGUACUUUAGUUGAAGUGAAUUGGUGGGUAGUUCGCCCGCAUAGGUCGUUUCCAGUUAUGUAGGGGGGUGUCUUGGUCUUCUGCAAGGUUCUGGUACCGUUGCGAAUGAUUUUCGGGGUUUAGCUGCCGUUUCACUACCCCGUGAAACUAAACUUUAAAAAACACUGACCCACUUGGUAACCUUCAAAGUAUAUCCAUAUUUUUUCUUAAACAGCCUUUAUCGAGGUAGAAUCAAAUCGUCCCGAGUCACGUCUGAGCAGGUGAAUUUUAAUAAAUUGCCCCCCCCCCCCUAAGAGGAGUUUCGGUUUAACAUUAAAAAUGGAAGAGGGACACACUCGUUACAGUAAAAGAUUGCGGACAGGCACACGACGGCGGUACCAGGAUGAUGGCAUCUCUGAUGAUGAGAUUGAAGGGAAGAGGGCCUUCAACCUGAAUGAGAAACUGUAUUCUGACAAGUACAACUCUGACCUUGUCAAGCGCAUGGAAGGCAAAGAUUUUACGUUUGAGUACAUCCAGAGGGAGGGACUGAGGGACCCCAUUAUCUUUGAGAAAGCAGAUGGACUCGGCAUUCAAAUGCCGGAUUCUGAUUUCAGUGUGAACGACGUGAAGCUGUUUGUGGGCAGCAGACGGGUGAUCGACGUGAUGGACGUGACCACACAGAAAGGCAUUGAGAUGUCCAUGGCUCAGUGGAGGAGGUAUUACGAGACGCCAGCCUCGCAGAGGGGGAAGCUCUACAACGUCAUCAGCCUGGAGUUCAGCCACACCAAGCUGGAGAACCUGGUGAAACGGCCAGCAUCAGUGGAUGUCGUCGACUGGGUUGACAACAUGUGGCCGCGUCACUUGAAAGAGAGGCAGAGGGACUCCACCAACGCCAUCAUCGAAAUGCAGUACCCCAAAGUACAGAAGUACUGCUUGAUGAGUGUGGAGGGCUGUUUCACAGACUUUCACAUUGACUUUGGAGGCACCUCUGUCUGGUACCAUAUACUGCGAGGCGGAAAGAUCUUCUGGCUGAUCCCGCCCACGUCGCAGAACCUGGAGCUGUACGAGAACUGGGUGCUGUCAGGGAAGCAGGGUGACAUCUUCCUAGGGGACAAGGCCUCACAUUGUCAGCGAGUCGAGCUGAAGCAGGGCUAUACCUUCAUGAUCCCCUCCGGCUGGAUCCAUGCAGUCUACACCCCAAUGGACACACUGGUCUUUGGGGGCAAUUUCUUGCACAGUUUCAACAUCCCAAUGCAGCUUCACAUUUACAACAUUGAGGACAGGACACGGGUGCCAGCGAAAUUCCGUUACCCCUUUUACUAUGAGAUGUGCUGGUAUGUGCUGGAGAGGUACCUCUACUGCCUGACCAACAUCUCUCAUCUCACACCCGAGUUUCAGAAAUACUCUCUGGGCAUCGGUCUGACACAGGAAAAUGCGUCAAACCUGGAACAAAAUGUCAAUGGUCACGCCAAGGAGGAAGAAGAGGAGGAGCAGAUUUCCCCUCCCGUGAAGCCUGGCGUCAAGGUCCACCUCACGCCCUUCGAGCUGGAGGGGCUGUGGAACCUUCUGGGAAAGCUGGAGUCCCUGCCCUCUCACAAGAAGUGCGUCCCGGCCGGAAUCCACAACGCGCCAGCGCUGCUGCACGGCAUCCGGACUUUGCUGGAGGAGCAUGCCAACGAUGAUCCCAAACUGGCCUACACUGGAAAACCUAUCGUCUUGUGGCCUGAGAGGCCGCCCUGGUACCAGCCGCCUCCCCCUCCGCCUUCCAUACUGAACCGGCCGCGCCUCUCGUCACUGGCCCAAGGCCCACCGCCGCCUCCCCGGCCCCUGAAGCCGCCCUCAUCCAUUUCGGCGAUCCGCCGCAGGCGCGUCCGCUGCAAGCGCUGCGAGGCCUGCGUGCGCACUGAAUGCGGCGACUGCAACUUCUGCAGGGACAUGAGGAAGUUCGGGGGUCCUGGACGGCUGAAGCAGACCUGCGUGCUGCGACAGUGCUUGGCGCCGGGACUCCCGUUGUCAGCCGUGUGCUCCAUCUGCGGAGAAGGCGGCCAGGAUCCCGGGGAGACCACCGACUUGUCCUCCACGCUCAUGGAGUGCUCCAACUGUGCGCAGAUCACCCAUCCAGAAUGCAUCAAGACGCAGGGUGAGGGCGUAGUCAACAAGGAGCUGCCCAGCUGCUGGGAGUGUCCUAAGUGUGUGCUGGAGAAGAAAAACAACUCUGAGUCCUCAGGUAGUGAUGACGACGAUGACGAGGACGAUGACGAGGACGCCAGUGUGACGUCACCAGGCCCCCGCCCUCCCACGUCUCCCACCUCAGGAAAAACUUCACACGGGGAAGGGCUGGGUAAGGAGGAUGACUGCGGGGGCAGGCCCACACGCCGCGGCCGCCCCUCGCUGGCCCUGUCCUAUCUCUCGCCGUCACGCGGCCGGCGUAUGGUGCCCCCUCCCUCCCAGAGGCUGUUACUGCAGCAGCAGCAGCAGAACAGGAAGCGGGCGGCAGCUCUGGAGCUGAGACUGCGCCGGAAGAUAAAACUGGAGCGGGACAAAAUUUUGCAGACCAAACGAAGACCCUCCUCUCUGGAUUCUCGUUCUCCCAAAGUCCUCCGCAGCUGUAGCCAGGGUGUAGAUGACGACGGUCAUGCUGCCCACCGGCGUCUCCGGGGCUUGUCCCGCCUUUCCCCUGAUGUGCGGCUUCCGCGUGGGAGCGGGUCCGGUAGGCGGGGCCUGUGGAGGGGCUCGCCUUACCGCACGAGCCGAGGAGGCAGGCCGACAGUGGGCUCGCCCCUAAUGAGACGCGAGCUGGGGAUGAGGAGGGAGAGGGACGGGCGCAGAGAGAGAGGCCGGGGGGUGCGGCGACGAGGCAUGUGCCGACAUCAGCGCCCUAGGGAAGACAUGGAGGAGAGGAAUGAGGAAGACAGUAGCAAGGGAGAAGAGGCAGAUAAUCAGCGAGGAGGACUCCUGGACAAGGAGAACCGGCCACAAGGGCUAGGAGCAGACGACGACAAGAUUAUGGAGAUGGACCAGGAUGGUACGGAGGAGGAGAAGAUGGAUGAAGAUGGAGAGGAAGGGAGCCAAUUGGAUUCUGACCCAAGCUCACAACUGCUGCUAGUGUCUGACCUCAGUGAUGACCUGCUGAAGAGUUCUCGUCUGACUGUGACACUGCAGCGCCCCCCGAAGGCCAAGCGCGACCCCGGUGCCAUUGUCCCCAAACUGGAAGCAGCAGUAUCAACUAGGGCUUCCAACGGCCAGGGGUAUGUCCAGCGGAAGUCUUUGCAGCGCCCUCGACUCAAUAAUGGCAACACUGCAUCAGAGCGAGGGAGGAUCUCUAGUAGGUCAGGCUCUUCUGGGCGACAUCCGCAUGUGCACCUCCGAAGAUCCUCCCUCAGCCACCUGGGCCAGAGAAAGGGACUCUCCUCGGAGGCUCGGGCCACACCGCCCCAAGCGCAAGCGGCCCCUGACUCCGCCUCCCCAUCAACUUCUUCAUCUGAGGCCUUGGCCUCCCCCGUGUCUUCCCCCUCCAUUCUCUCCACUGUUAAAGAUUCAGGCCACGAGCCGGGCUGCGAAAAGGAGGUGUGGGUGUCCGUGUUCCGCUACCUGACCCGCGCAGAGCUCUGCGUUUGCAUGACCGUCUGCAAGAGCUGGUAUAAAUGGAGCUGUGAUAAGCGCCUGUGGACCCGAAUUGACCUGAGCUGGUGCAAGGCCAUAAGUCCACAGGCCCUGUCUGGCAUAAUCAAACGCCAGCCUGUCUCCCUUAACCUGUCUGGGACCCUUAUCUCCAAGAAGCAGCUCACCUGGUUGAUCAACCGUCUGCCAGGCCUGAAGGACCUGAUGGUCUCUGGGUGCUCCUGGUCUGCUGUCUCAGCCCUCAGUUCUCCCAGCUGUCCCCCUUUGCGUUCCUUGAACUUACGAUGGAUAGAGGGGGUCAAAGACACUCAGAUCCGGGACCUGCUCAAUCCUCCAGGUUGCAAUAACCGCAGCAAGCUGAGGAACUUGCUGUCCUUCCGGCUAUCGGGCCUGGAGAUCAGUGACUCCACCUUGAGGCUGAUCAUCAGGCACAUGCCUCUGCUGACUCAGCUCGACCUCUCGCACUGCCGUGGCAUCACUGACCAGUCCGUCAACCUGCUGAGCGCCGUGGGCUCCUCCACCCGUAACACGCUCACCGAGAUCAACCUGGCAGGUUGCAGCAAGCUGACCGAUACCUGCCUCCAGUACUUGAAGCGGUUCUCCAGUCUCACACUGUUGGACCUGCGGGACUGUAGGGGCGUGACGCGGAAGGCGUGCGAGAACUUCAUCUCUGAGCUGUCUGUCAACACCCUCUACUGCCUGUCCGAAGACAAGCUGAUACAGAGGAUAUCCUAGGCUUGUUUCAACAAGGGAGUUGGGGAUGGGGUGGGGGGUGGGAGAUGGGUACAAGUCUACUGCCAACCAGAAGGAAGGCAUAUUCCAGAUGAAAGACUGGAAUACUUUGCAAGUUGUACUGACUAUUAUCAGGAAAUUGGGAAUGGAAUAGAGUGGAAAAAAAUGUGGCAAAAUGACUGGAGCCAGGAAGUAUUUGGCCGAAGCUACAGGAAGACAUGCUGAUAGUACUUGCUGCCCUGGUGCCCACAGUGUGGAUGGAGGACUUCGCUGGGCUCGCUAACAGUGCGGAGGGCAUUCACACGGCGGGAACAACACAAUCCAUGUAGUUUGUUCCGCGAAUCAUGCUUAGUGUGACAGAAUGGAAUAUAGUGGACUACUUACAGCCCUCUGAGCCAAAUUUUGACCUGUUCAGGGGAGGUGCUAUACUGAAAUGGUGCAAACUGGGGGGAAGGUGAGGCGCAGUAACAUCACAUGAGUAACGGCAAGCAACUAAAUGACUCCGAAGAGCAUGUACCGACAUUGGAUACCGAAAAGGAGAAAACGAGGGAUAAGAACAUUAAUGGUCUGGGGGGAAAUGCGAGCACUUACUUGCGAUCUAUUUGGGAAAAAAAUGUGUUGGGUCAUUAUUCUAUGUCCAAAUCUCUUCCUUAUUUUCCCCCCUGUUCAAAAGGAUGUAAAUUGUACUUUUUUCAUAGAAUUUCCAUUACUUGUUUACUUGUAUUUAAAAAUUUCUUCUCAAUCCACUUCCCUGUUUUGCCUCUUAAACUGUAUUUUCUGAAGAUCCGAUGGACAGUUUCUGUUCGUCGUCUCACUUUCCUCUCUAAAAAUAUAAAUAUAUACUUUUAUGUAAAUUUGUUUCUUUCAUCUAGUCUACGACGACAAAAAAACUGUAGCAUUAUAAUUUUCUGAAGUAUUUCUGAUUUUUUUUCCCAAAAAAUUAAAGAAUUGCCAUUUCGUAAAAAUCAAAGUGACAGUCAAGCUUUUUGAACUAUUUGGUCUGGAAGAAAAGCGCAAUCAGCAUCACCCGCCGAGUUCAAGCAUUACUUUUGCUGUGGACUUAUAGAAAGAAAUCCUUACUGAAACCGUGUGUAAUCGACUGGUAAUGAGGCGGAGAGUCAAAUACUGUUACAGUUAAUGCGGAUUUAUGAAAACUGAUUUAUAUCACCGUCAUCGGGAAACAAGUUUCACUGUUUGCUGAUCUUUAAUUCACAUUUUCUAGAAUUUUUUUUUUUUUUUUUUUUUUUGGGAGGGGGGGAGUGGUGCUGAUGGUUUUAAUUGUACUUUGUGUGGCAUAUACACAUCGUUGAUUUGCAGGUUGAAAUUUUACAGGUAAUUCGGUUCACGAGUACACUUAUACAUUUUCAAUUUACUGUUCCUUACACGGUGUUUGAUAUUGAAUUUCUAAUAGAUAUGGUUAUACCCAUGACAGUCGGUGUUAUAAAACAAUUUAUCUGAACUGAAAUGCCAACUCUAGGGGCCGCCUGUGUAGUACCAUUAGCUAAAUAACCAGAGAGUUUCAAACAAAUUCAUUAAUAAAUAAAACAGAAGUAAUAAAUAA